AUGUCCAAUGGCGUCGAUGUAUUGUCUGGUCGAGGAGAAAUAACGAGUAAUGCCCUGCAAUCGCGAGUAACAUCUAUCAACGGUUCUGGGACCUCUCAGCGUGCUGCAGUGGCCACGGCCGAUGAUGCUCCAUCAAAGGCUCAGACGAAUAAGGCAUCUUCAAACUCGCCUACACGACCCAGCAACGGGCAAUCCUCCAAAGACAAUCUGCAGACGGAGGCUGCGACACCGAAGAGCCUGAACGCAACAGUCAAGGAAGUCCUCAACACUAAACCAGAAAAGGGUGCGAAGCAGGUCAACUCCGCCGCUCCAAACAUCUCGAAGACUAUCGUCAAGAAAAGCAAGCCGAAUAACAGCAUAGCGGGCCUACAUUUCAACCCCGGUCUCUUCAAUCUGGGGAAUUCUUGCUACCUCAACUCGACGUUGCAAGGGCUUAUGUCUACGCGCCUUCUAGAAAACAUCGUGGAGUUCACUAUCCCACCAGACUUUGUGGGCCGCCUUUUUCCCGAACGGAGCCCAGCUCUCAGGAAUGGGCGAGGUCCGCAACGGUUACGCCAUGUGGAUGGCAUGGAGAUAUGCAUGACCUUUAUACGCACAUUGGAACAUGGCUGGCAUCUCCGGGACACCACCCCUGCUCGUCAAAGGGUUUCGAUGAACGUUCGGGAGCUCCGAAACCGUGUCGGUCGAAAGUAUGACCAGUACUUGGAUUUCCAACAACAAGAUGCUCACGAGUUCUUGCGACACCUUCUCGACUGUAUGUACAUGGAGGAGCUGGAUGAGAUCAAAAGGCGACAACCACCUCCUGUCAAACGACGCCGCGGACAACCUGCCCAAGAUCCACCAGUACAACCCAUACCAGAGAAUGAGCGUUUGAUUCCAUUUGUGGAUCAAGUAUUCGGUGGACAAUUAGCGAGUAUGCUCAUUUGCGCCAGCUGUAACCACGUCUCACAUACCUACGAGCCUUUUAUGGAUCUUUCUCUAUCCAUUAGGUCUGAAGAGGACAAAGAAUCCAAGCGCAACCGUCUCAAGGCAUUCGCGCAAAAGUUUACCCGUCAAGCCGGUAAAUCCGUUCCACGACCACUAUCGACUCCUCCAUCACCCCGAAAGACCACGACGGAACUCGAGCCUCCCGUAACCUUGGAGAGAAGACGCAGCUUGGAGCUGUCUGAUAGUAGAUCUGACAGCGAUCCUGAUGAGAGUAAAAGGGCAACACUUGCUGCUCUAACAAAGUCCGACGACGCGUCUUCACUACGGAGAGUAUCGAUCCAGCUCGGUCCAACCAAGUCGAGAGAUCGGAGCAGAUCCCGAGAACGCGAAGAGUCACAGAAUGUAGAAUCGAAGAGUCGACAAAAGGCGGCUCAGAAGGCUGCGUAUCUCAAAAGAAUAAAGGCAGAAAUUGCGUCUCCCAAGAGCCCGCUAGAGCUCCUUCGAAGUGGCUUAGGCUCAUCGGGUACUCCUAAUGGAGACUCGAUUACUGCUGCGGCUGCCAGCUGGCUCAGGCUGGGUCCCACCCAUGGACCUCACCUCUUACAUUGUUUGAAGCAGUUUACAGCCGUGGAAUCUCUAGAAGGCGAUAACAUGGUCGGCUGUAGUCGCUGUUGGAAAUUGGCAAAUCCUACUUAUGUCUCGCGCAAGCGUCGCAACUCCGCAUCAUCUUCCAGCUCCUCCGACUCCGACUCCGAUUCCGAAAACGAGCCAACCCGGAGACCAGAGACAAAACAGCCAGCCAGCAUCCCAUCACUUGCCCGGAGUGAGCCACUAUCAUCCUCUGCUCAAGAAAGCGGCACAUCCCUUGGAGGUAGCUCCUAUCAGGGUCCUCCUAUCCCCUCGAUCUCUACAACUUCUCCACUGGAACCAAAUGGGCUCUUGUCGUCGGCCCAAGUGCCUUCACAUCAUGCAGCUACAUCUUCGAGUUCAACUACAUCCAACUAUCUCACGCCUGUAUCCAGUAGACAUGGAAGCGUUGGACGAUCGAGCUCCUCGGCUGCGGCUGAUGCAGACGUUGAUUCGGUAUCGACAGCUAGCGCUUCUGACGUCUCGACAAGGCCCAAAGAGGUUCGGCUAAAGACUCCUUCAAUCCCCAAGUCACAAAGAGUCAUGCUCCGUAAGGCAUAUAAACGCUACCUGAUCGCGGUUCCUCCGCCAGUCCUCGUGAUACACCUCAAAAGGUUCCAACAAGUCACUCGCAUGCCUGUGGCAUUAUUUGGGUCGUUGAAGAAAAUCGACGACUUUAUUGCGUUCCCUGAAUAUCUUGACCUAAAGCCCUUCAUCGCGCCACGACGAGAGGAUUUUGGUCUUCGUCCGUCUAAGAUCAAAGACAACAAAGGGGCAUAUGAAGACCAAGUUAUGUACCGGUUAUCCGCAGUCGUGGUACAUAUCGGGAACAUGUUGGGCGGGCAUUAUGUCGCAUACACGGCCCUACCGCCAGCUACGCCCAUCGACUCGGCCUCAGGCGAGGCUCCCAGCAACGAAAGGCGCUGGUCAUUCCAAAGCGACCAGAUCGUUCGAGUUGCCACGCUGGAAGAGGUUCUCUCGGCCAAGGCGUAUCUGUGCUUCUACGAACGCGUGUCAGAGGUUCCUGCCUCUGUCUUCGCUGCGUCCAGUACCUCUCAGAGCACAUCGAGUCGGAAAAGGUGA